GGGAGGGGAGCGGGGAGAGCACAAGAGCGCCCCGCGGAGUCCCGGGCCGGCCGGCCGGCCUGCCUCACCAUGCAACCCCCGAGGUAGAUCCUGGACGGCUCUGAGGACCGCUGAGCGGCGCGCAGCCCACUCGCCGUCCGAGUCGGCCGUCCGGCCUCGCGCCCGCCUGCUCCGUCCAGCCCGGACUCCCAUGAAAUAUGUUCAGGGGCGCUUGGAUGUGGCCCGGGAAAGACGCCGCCGCGCUGACUAUCUGCUGCUGCUGUUGCUGCUGGGCUCCCAGGCCAAGCGACAAACCUUGCGCUGACUCCGAGCGGGCGCAGCGAUGGCGACUGUCCCUGGCGUCCCUGCUCUUCUUCACCGUGCUACUCGCUGACCAUCUGUGGCUGUGCGCGGGGGCCCGGCCUCGAGCCAAGGAGCUAAGCAACGCCAUGCGGCCACCGUGGGGGGCCAGCCGGGAGCGGCAGCCGGUGCCCUCUAGAGCGGUGCUGCAACUGCAGCCGCCGCCGCUGCCGCCGCCGCCGCCUCCCGGCGAGUCCAGCACACCCCAGGGCACCUGCAGCCCCCGAUACAGCAACCUGACCAAAGCCGCCCCCGCCGCCGGUUCUGGGCCGGACUGUGGCGGCGUCCCAGAGCCCACGGGGCUGGACGCAGCUUGCACCAAAUUACAGUCUUUGCAGAGACUUUUCGAACCGACUACCCCAGCCCCCCCUCUGCGGCCCCCUGACCCCCUUUCCCGUGCCCCUGCCGAGUUCCCCUCUGCCAAAAAAAACUUGCUCAAAGGCCACUUUCGGAACUUCACUCUCUCCUUUUGCGAUACCUACACAGUCUGGGACUUGUUGUUGGGCAUGGACCGCCCAGACAGCCUGGACUGCAGCCUGGACACGCUGCUAGGGGACCUGCUGGCCGUAGUGGCCAGCCCGGGCUCCAGGGCCUGGGAGGUAUGUAGCAACUGUAUCGAGGUGUACCAGCGGCUUGACCGACACGCUCAGGAAAAAUAUGACGAGUUUGACCUCGUGCUGCAUAAAUACUUACAGGCAGAAGAAUACUCAAUCCAAUCCUGCACGAAAGGCUGUAAGGCUGUCUACAAGGCCUGGCUGUGCUCAGAAUACUUCAGCGUGACCCAGCAGGAAUGCCAACGCUGGGUGCCCUGCAAGCAAUACUGCCUGGAGGUGCAGACCCGGUGCCCCUUUAUACUCCCUGACAAUGAGGAAAUGGUGUACGGAGGGCUCCCUGGCUUUAUCUGUGCAGGGUUGCUGGAUACUUCGCCAAAGCGGCCGGAAACCAAGUGCUGUGACGUGAAGUGGGUCUCCUGUGAAUCGGAGAAGAAGUUCAAGGAGUCUGAGGCCCCCAAAACCCACCACCAGCAAUUCCACCAUUCCUAUUUCCACCACUACCACCAACAGUACCACCACUACCACCCUCGGCAUGACCCCCCAGGCCGCAUCAGCCACAAGCCCUCCCUGCUGCCGGUUUCUGGGGGCUCCCGCCUCAGUCCCAGCAGGAUCCGGCUCUAUGUCUUUGUUCUCAUACUUCUCCAUACCAUGGUGUCCUUUUCCAGCAACCAGGAGGGUGGGAGACUGGGGCUGGAGGCACUGCCUGCCCUAGAUGAGGGCCUGACUCGGGAAGAGUGACAGCUGGGAGGGAGGACAGACUUCCACCACAUACUGACAUCAGCUCCAGGCCCCCCCACAAUGGGAGGUGUAGGACCAGGUUGGGGGCAGGAAUAAAUGGGGGACCACAAAUCACCUCCAACCUACCCCACCCCAAAAGCAGCCCCAACAGAAUGGCCAGAGGGCCCCCAGGGAGCUGCCAAACUCAUCCAGGAAAAAAAGGCAGGAGUGGCAGGCACCCCCACCCCAGGCGCCCAUUUGUGGAGCUCAGCAAAAAAUGGAGGGCAGUAGGGGCUGGAAAUGCCCAGGCCUGCUGAGAGCCCUGGCCCUAGGGAAGUAGGCCGCUCACCCAGCCUUGGCCCUGCGGGGAAUGCUGGGGGGCACAGAGGGGAGAAGCUCUUUCUCCCUUCUGCAUUCCCUUUGUUGCCACAAUCCUUAAUUCCCUCCUGCCCACAACCCUACAGGCCACGGCAGAUGGUGCAGCAGCCCUCCUCCCACUCCAGCACACCUUGCCCCACAUGGGGCCACCACAGUGAUGUGCCAGGCUGGGAGACGAGGUGCGCAUAGUCGCAGCUAGGUCGGGGCCCCAGUUAAGCUAUGCCCCCAACAUCCUAGGCAAUGAGGGACUAGAAAGGAGAGCAAAAUAGGUGGCAAGAGAGAGUAAGAGAUAGAGAAGAGGGAGAGGAAGGGAGAGAUGUGGGCAGAGAGCUUGGAGAGAAGGCCUCAUGGACUAUUGCCACCUGGCUUUGGGGCUGUGGGUGAUCAGUGUUGAGGUAGGCUCGGGGACAGCUCCCCAAAUCAGAAAGGGUUGCAUAAGGAACCCUCUGUGGAAAGAGCACAGGAACUGGCUUGUUGGACCUCAAAACAGAAGGCAGAGGGCCCGUGGUCAGUUAGCCACUGUGUGAAGGGCCCCAUCUUACAGAAGGUGCACAUACUCCCAAGCGCCACUCACCCUGGAGAUCUUGGCCUUGGGGCCAAAGACGUUCCCAUUUCCGAUCUCCAUGGGGAGGGGGGACUGAAGCCCAAGUGGGUCAGGCCUGGCCUGGGUCCCCAGACUCCCCCAUUUUGUUGUAGCCCAGGCCUCCAUGACGGAGAACCUGGUGGCAUUGCCCCAGGGCUUUCCAGAGAUGAGCCUUCCCUGUCCCCACCCUGUCCCUAUCCCCAGCCUACCAAAGAGUAUUCAUCACUUCCUAUCCCCGACCCCAUGGGUUACUACCCCAAUUAUGGAACAACCACCAGACUCCUCACCCUGUAGUGGGUCCCCCCUGAUCCAGCCACCCCUGCCCAUUGCUGGGGAAAGUCCAGAGACUGGCAAGAGGACCUGUUGGAUAAAGAUAAUGUGCUGUUGUCCAAUGGCUGAGAGACUUGAACUGUUGAGUCAGCCCAGAGGGCUAGAUGAAAGGCAUUGAGAGCCCCUGGGGGGCCAUUAGCCUUGUGCUGAUCUCCUGGGAGCAGGAGGCCACAUUGCCUGGGACCUCUAAAAGCCAACAGGAGCAGAGAAGAAAGGGAGCCAAAACUAUGUUCUGGGACAGGCCAAGGGGCUUUCAGUGCCAGAAGGGCCUGUGUCCUAGGCUGUGAGGCCCAUGAGUUAAGGGGAGGGGUGUGCCUGGAGUUGCACUAUGUGUAUGCAAGAAGGAGAGAGGGAGGGGACAGCUGGAAUUGGUUAGCUGGGGAUAAAUGGGGGGGCCUCCCUAGUAGAGAGGGAAUCAUUUGAGAGCCUCAGCUGGGUCCCAAAUAGGCUUUGUAAGACUGGGGAGUUCUUCCAGCCAGUUUUCUCUUUUCUCACAGUAUGCCCCCUGUCCUCACUCCCAUGCCUGUCCACACAUUCCCUGUUUGGCCCUCAGCACUUCGAGCCUAGCCACAUACCCUAUCCUUAGAGUGCUCUUUUCAGCUGGGGAAGGGAAGAGGUACUGGCUUCUUUCCAGAGAUGCUUAUGUAGACAUGAGAGAUCCUACAUACUGCCUUCUAGCUCUUGCACUCUCAGGAGGGGAAAGGGACCAGAAAGGAAAGGGGGACCUUAGCGCCCCAAGGAAUGGACCCAGGGAAUGGAGACUCCCAUCUUCUCUUCCCCUUCACCAAGUGCCCAGGAGACCCCUGGCUCAGACCAGCCCAGGGCCUUGCCCAGUGGCAGGGGAAAGGGGCACCUCACUCCACCUCAAAGUCAUUUGACUGUCCCUCUCCGCCCCACUUCCCAGACCUUCCACCACCUCUCCAGCUGCCCCUGCCCUCCAUCACAGGCAGCAGAGCUGGGCAGCUUUCUUAUGCCAUUUUCUACACUGUGCUUCAUGAGUAGGACUUUCUUGCACUAGUUCCUAUGACUGAGUCUCCAAGCUGGAUUCCUAGUAGUUCUUAUCCCUUCCUCCCUCCCCUGGCUAUGAUUCAGUUGUGCCCCUUUCCCUGCCUCUGUGUUUCAGUGAGAGUCUCUGUAUGUGUACUGCUCUCUGUUUUGUUGCAUUGUGGGGCAGAGGCCUCUCUGCUCUUGUUUAACCCCAUAAAGAAAUAAAUAGUAAGAC